AUGGAUGUAGAGGAUGCCCGAAGUGUAGAUUCAACUCCCAAGUUGGGCCGCAUUGGAAAGUGUUGCCAGCUCAUCAUGAUGAAUGAGAUCAUGACUAUUUUGGAGAAAGUCGACUUUCACACAUUGUUGACUUGGAAGGGGUUGCUGGGCACCUCCAAAGCCACAGACCGGGCCGCCCUGCAUGAACAGUUGCUGUCGGGCCUAGGAUUAACAUAG